AUGCAGACAGUUGCACCUGCAGCUGGUCCUCUUCCUCCAGCCACACCGCCGUCGAGUGUCAAACCUCGAAAUACUCGAAAACAAACUGCUGAAAGUGGUGGUGUUUCUGCCGGUCCAAAUAGCCAACGAGAACAGUUACCAGUUGACAAGGUCGAACCAAUAGUAGAUCUGGAAAGGGACGGCGAUUUCGGUGAAGAAAAGCAAUUUCGCGAACGAGAUAUCGAUGAAAAGACACUGGCUGGAGAUUACAAUCCACGUGGAGACGAACCUGUGCCCACCUUCACCAAAACUCCUGAAGUCAUUGACGAUUUCAUACGCAACUAUCUGGUCAACAAGGGGAUGUUUGUUGCCCUGGACGCCUUCCAGAAUGAGUGGCAUGACUUUCAACAGCGAGGACGAUUGACGGAGGAGGAUGUCAUUCUCGUACCAGAUGUAUAUCAAAAGACACUCGAAUUAGAGGAAUCAUUACGUAAACUACGAGCCGAUCUAGAUCACGCCAAGACGAGAGCCGUAGAGGCUCAAGCAGUGCAAGAGAAGCUGGGAAAGGAACGUGAUUUCCAUCGAAUGCAUCAUAAACGUGUGGUCCAAGAGAAGGCUAGACUCGUUGGUGAAGUGCGGAGGCUGAAAGAAGCAACAGCACUGUAUGAGCCCGAGUUGAAGCAGAUGAGACACAAGUAUGAAGUCGCUAUGAAAGAAAAGAUGAUGCUGAAAUUAGAACGAGAUAGGCUGCAUUCCAAGGUCUCGCAGCCAAGCAAAGACGAAUCUAAGGAAAUCUCAUCACCGGCUCCAAAACCCGCCGAACAGCCGGAAAAGCCUGAAGCCAAACCCGCACCCACUUUACAACAGCCUUCUCCUCUGUCUGAUAUACGAGACAACCCAUACUUGAAAAUGGAGCUUCCAACUGCUAAAUUAGACGGCUAUUUACGUGUCAGGACCAUAAAGGCACACGAUCUAGCUGUUAGUGCCGUCAAAUUCCACCCAAAAAAGAUGAUAUUUGCCACCGUAUCUGACGACAAGACAUGGAAGAUGUGGUCCUUCCCGUCUGGCGAAUUGAUCAUGAGUGGCCGUGGCCACCGAGAUUGGAUUGGUUGUCUGGAUUUUCAUCCAAAGGGAGCUCACCUCGCUACAGCAUCUGGAGACUCGACAAUCAAGAUUUGGGAUUUCACAAAGGGUGUAGUGACUUUAACUUUAGCUGAUCAUCGUCAAGCUGUUUGGGCGUGUGCGUUUCAAGAUGGUGGAGAUGUGCUGGCGAGUGGAUCACAGGAUGCGACUGUGAAGCUUUGGGAUGUUGCGACGGGCCGAUGUAAAACAACGUUACGAAAUCACACGGAUUCAGUUUGUAGUGUGGCGUGGCAGCCAUAUUCGAAUCUGCUGGUCACCACAUCAGCAGACAAGAAUGUUUGUCUAUGGGAUGCCCGAUCUAAUUUAUGUGUUCGAACGUUCAGUUCGCAUCAAGCAACGAUUAGUUGUGCCUCGUUUGCCCUCAAGGGCCAACAAUUCGCAACAUGUGAUACAAUGGGAAUCGUCAAAGUAUGGGAUGCUCGCAACAUGUCUGAGUUUGUCACUGUUCCUUGUGGCCCAUCUGGUGCCAAUCGUGUUUGCUUUGAUCCCAGUGGAUAUGUACUUGCCGUCGCCUCUGAUGAUGGAUUCUGUCGCAUACUGGAUUUGGUAGAUCCGGCAGUUCGAAUGCAUGAACUGGAUGCCCAUGAAGAAAGUGUGCAAGGGGUUGCUUUUGAUCGGUCUGCAGAAAGUCUUGUAACUGUUGGAUCAGGACAAAUGUACAGAACAUUAACCAGACAGAGUGCCUUGGUACGAGGUCAAGUUUCAUCCCGAUUAGCAUCCUCUACGUGUCGAGCUUGCAUCAGAAACAAGUCAGAUGCAUUGAAUUUGAACAAGUUGUCAGCUUUAAGGAAUAUAGGAGAUAGCUUGCCGCUCCAGACUCGGUAUACUAGUGUCCCAAGACGCUGUGCAACCACAUAUACGCCUCUGGAUGGUCCAUCUGCUUCCGAUAGGAUUGCUCUGAGUGACAAUCACAUUACAUUUGAACCAAACUCUUUCAACUCAUUCUGGAGCCAUAAUCGUACUCUUUCGGAAGCUAGUGUUGAUGAAAUACCGACACACCAACGUGGCAAUUCAAUAUCUGAAGGAACGUCUGAUUUAGAAGCUAGUUUGGCUGCAAAGUCGCCUAGUAUACCGGAUACAACAUAUUUAGAUGCCGGAUCAAUCGAGAGUCAUGUUGGUGGCAUGCUACACACCACGUCACCAUCUCCAUCCACCGUUAUGACAGAGUUUAAUAACACACGCUCAUCGCCAUAUAAAGUAGAAGGAAACACGCCGCCAUCUGGUGGAUCAGGAAGCAGUGGAUCUGCACCUCCUCCAUCAGACGACAGCAAACCACCCGCUAGUAGUGGUGGAUCAAGCAGUGGUGGUGAUGGGAAAGGAAGACGUAAAGGCAACGCUCCAGAAAAAUCUGAAAAGACAUCUGAUGCAUCACCUGUAACACACGCUCUAGAGCGAGUGCAGAUACCACCGUUAUAUCCACAAUUACUCGCAAUCCCGUUAACUCGACGACCCUUAUUCCCUGGGUUUUAUAAAUCACUUUAUAUUAAAGAUCCACAAGCUAUUCAGGCAAUCCAGUCGCUGAUGGAUCGGAGACAGCCGUGGGUUGGUGUCUUCUUGUCUAAAGAUAAUGACUCGGAUAUGGAUGUUGUGACGGAUAUUAAUCAAGUGCAUGAUGUUGGGGUGUUUGCGCAGAUUACUAAUGUGUAUCAUGCUGGGCCUGAGAACUCGGCGCUGACUGUAGUAGUGUUUCCUCAUCGACGCAUUAGAGCUACUAGUACAGUUACGGCUAUGAAUCCGCCACCACCCAAGAAUGUCAAGGAAGACUCACCAGCAACUGAAACUGUAGCAGCCGAAGACUCACCCGUCCUACCUAUAAAUCAACACCUUACAGAAAUUGGUCUGCCAGUUGUAAACGUCGAUAAUCUGGUGGACGAAACCUUCAAUCCCGAUUCACCCGUUAUAAAAGCAACAACCUCAGAAAUGCUCAAUGUCAUGCGGGACAUUUCAGCCAUCAAUUCCAUCACUCGCGACCAAGUACUGACGUAUUCUGCUCACACAGGCGGUGAAGCUAUAGCCAACCCAGCCAAACUCUCUGACUUCGCAGCUGCCAUAUGCUCUGGUGAUACCGCAGAGCUUCAAGCUGUAUUAGAGUCAACCAAAAUUGACGAAAGGCUACAGAAAGCACUUUUGGUUUUGAAAAAGGAGUUGGCUAAUGCGAAACUGCAAAAGGAGAUUUCGCAAGAGGUUGAUAAAAAGAUUACGAGGAAGCAACAAGAGUAUUAUUUGAUGGAGCAGUUGAAGGGUAUAAAGAAGGAAUUGGGAUUGGAGAGUGAUGGGAAGGACAAGUUGGUUGAGAAGUUCAAGGAACGAGCUACUCAUUUACAGAUGCCUGACUCGGUGAAGAAGGUGUUUGAUGAGGAACUCAACAAGCUGCAACAUCUUGAACCUGCUGCCUCAGAAUUCAAUGUCACUCGUAACUAUUUAGAUUGGAUUACUCAGAUACCAUGGGGUAAACGAUCGGAAGAAAACUUUGAUAUCAAGCAUGCCAUGGAGGUUUUGGAUGAAGAUCACUAUGGUUUGAAGGACGUCAAGGAUCGUAUUUUGGAGUUUAUUGCUGUUGGUAAACUGAGAGGGACUGUAGAAGGAAAGAUUAUAUGUCUGGUUGGACCUCCAGGCGUUGGUAAAACAUCAGUUGGGAAAUCUAUUGCACAUGCUUUGGGACGAGAGUUCUUUAGAUUCUCUGUUGGUGGGUUGACGGAUGUAGCUGAAAUCAAGGGACAUAGAAGAACAUAUGUUGGUGCUAUGCCUGGUAAAGUCAUCCAAGCCUUGAAGAAGGUGCAGACUGAGAAUCCUCUCAUCAUGAUUGACGAAAUUGACAAACUUGGACGUGGUCAUCAAGGUGAUCCAGCUUCAGCCCUAUUAGAGCUUUUAGAUCCAGAACAAAAUAAUUCCUUCCUCGAUCACUACAUGGAUAUACCCAUCGACCUAUCCAAGACUCUAUUCGUAUGUACAGCCAACAUGCUGGAAACCAUUCCAGCUCCACUUCUUGACCGUAUGGAAGUUAUUACUCUAUCAGGAUAUGUAGCUGAAGAAAAGGUCGCCAUUGCAUCCAAGUAUCUAGCACCAGCAGCUAGAACAGCUGCAGGUCUGGAUUCUUGGAAUGUCACGUUGGCCAACGAAGCAAUUGAGACCUUGAUAAGGCAAUACUGUCGAGAAGCUGGUGUUCGUAAUCUGAAGAAGCAUAUAGAGAAGGUGUAUAGGAAGGCAGCCCUCAAGAUUGUACGAGAGCAAGUUGUUGUUACGCCGUCAGUAGGAACAUCUGCGUCUUCUGAGACAAAGACAACUGCCACUGAUGGUGCUAACGCUUCUACUGCCACGACAACAGAUCCAUCUCCCGCUCCUGAAGUCAAACAAGCUGGUCCUCCUGUAGAAAUAACGUCUAGUAAUUUGAAGGACUAUGUUGGGUCACCUGUUUACACGUCAGAUCGAAUGUAUGAUACUACACCAUCAGGAGUCGUUAUGGGAUUAGCAUGGACGUCUAUGGGCGGCUCAGCAUUAUAUGUAGAAUCAGUGCUAGAAGCAACACCUACAGAAACUUCUAAAUCUCACUUCCAUCGUACUGGUCAAAUGGGAGAUGUAAUGAAGGAAUCAUCUACUAUCGCAUAUACAUAUGCUCGAUCCAUGUUUGCUCGUAAAUUUCCAGCCAAUCGAUUCUUUGAUCGUGCUGGUAUACAUAUGCACGUUCCUGAAGGAGCUACACCCAAAGAUGGUCCAUCCGCUGGUGUGACUAUGACAACAUCACUCGUGUCAUUAGCUCUAAAUACCGUCGUACUCCCUAAUGUAGCCAUGACGGGUGAAAUCACCUUGACUGGUAAAGUGCUAAAAAUAGGAGGUGUAAAGGAAAAGACGAUAGCAGCUAAACGAUCAGGAGUCACGACGAUCAUCUUCCCAAAGACGAAUCAAUCUGACUGGGAUGAGCUGGCUGAUUAUAUCAAGGAGGGCAUGGAUGUGAGGUUUGUUGAAUAUUAUGAUGAGAUAUUCGACAUUGUGUUUCCUGAUGUGGACUUGGAAAAGGCUCGAAAGAGUCAUAAUGCUGCUGCUGUAUCAUCAUCAUCAUCAUCGUCUGCUUCUACAGCGGAAGCACAGUUAUAG